AUGAAGUUCAGCGCUACCAUUCUUUCACUCCUCCCGGCAGUUCUCGCCCUGCCCACAGGCGAAGAUGCAUCUGUCUCAAAGCGCCAGAGCGUGAACACAGUGACAGAUCAGCUCCUCUUCAGCGUCACACUCCCACAAUUCACUGCUCGUCGUAACGCCCGUGAUCCUCCCACUGUCGACUGGACCUCUGACGGUUGCACUUCCUCGCCCGACAACCCUUUCGGCUUCCCUUUUAUCCCUGCCUGCAACCGUCACGACUUUGGCUACCACAACUACCGCGCCCAGAGCCGCUUCACCGUGAGCGCCAAGUCCCGCAUCGACAACAACUUCAAGACCGAUUUGUACUUCCAAUGCCAAUCCUCCAGUGUUUCUGGUGUCUGCAGAGCACUUGCCGACGUCUACUUCGCCGCGGUUAGAGCUUUUGGCGGGGAUGAUGCUACUCCUGGCAAGAGAGAUGAGGCCCUUGUAAAGGAGUACGAAAAGAAGGUAGAAGUCUACAACAAGCUUGUUGAAGAGGCUCAGAAGAAGGGUGAUCUCCCUCGCCUUGACUAG